AUGUAUCCUGCCGGCUUUCGACUUAUUACUGACAACGAAGUGCACUUGGACGUGUUCGACCGUGACGCAGAAGAGCGCAAACGUGAGAAAGAGGAGCUUACUAAAGUAGCAAAGCGUUCUCCAGUCGAUGUGUUUACCGUGAAGAGUCCAAGUUCCGAGUUCCCGAGCGAAUGUGCCAUGGCCGACUUCGAGACGUCAGCCACAAAACUGUGCUACAUCCCGGCCAUCCCGAUAGAGCAUUAUCAUCGUCAGCACCUCCAUCAACUUCAUGGAGGAGGCCACAACGAAGAUAACGACUUCGGUCUUGGCCAGAGCGUUUUCGAGCCGCUCAAGAGUGCGCUGGUCGAGCAGGAAAAGAAAAAUGCUCGUAAGUCCAGAAGCGGUGUUGGCAAAGUCCAGAAACGGCGCCGCAAGUAG